GAGGGGCCGAAGGGGGAACCGAGGGUGGCUACGCCGGCUCCGCAGACCCCACAGCGACCACCUCCUCCUCCCUCCUCCUCAGGGGCACUCGCCCGGGGCCGGCUCGCCGCCCGCAGCCGCGCGGCCGCCCCCGUGCCCGCUCGCGCCCCAAGGGCUCCACCAAUCGGGACCGGCCUCGGGGCGGGCACGCGGCGGGCUGUGGGCGACAGGCCCCCUCGCCUUCCCCCGCCCUCCUUGGCCCGCCGCCCGCCCCGCCUCCCCGCUCCUGGCCGGUGUCCCGCUGGCCGCCUCGCAGCCCGGUGUAUGUGCGGCAACAACAUGUCGGCGCCGCUCCCCGCCAUUGUCCCGGCCGCCAGGAAGGCGACGGCUGCCGUCAUUUUUCUUCAUGGAUUGGGAGAUACCGGGCAUGGGUGGUCAGAAGCGCUUGCUGGUAUCAAAAGCUCCCACGUAAAAUACAUUUGCCCACAUGCGCCAGUUAUGCCAGUUUCUUUGAAUAUGAACAUGGCUAUGCCAUCAUGGUUUGAUAUCAUUGGACUUUCUCCAGAUUCACAGGAAGAUGAAGUUGGGAUCAAGCAGGCGGCAGAGAAUGUUAAAGCACUGAUAGAUCAAGAAGUAAAAAAUGGAAUUCCUUCUAAUCGAAUUAUUCUGGGAGGCUUUUCUCAGGGAGGUGCUUUAUCAUUGUAUACAGCUCUUACAACACAACAAAAAUUAGCAGGUGUUGUAGCACUCAGCUGUUGGCUUCCUCUACGGGCUUCUUUUCCUCAGGGCCCUAUCAGUGGUGUUAACAAGGAGAUUGCUGUUCUUCAGUGCCAUGGGGACUGUGAUCCGUUGGUUCCUUUAAUGUUUGGUUCUCUGACUGUUGAGAAGCUAAAGUGUAUGAUAAAUCCAGCCAACAUAACCUUCAGGACUUACUCGGGCAUGAUGCAUAGCUCAUGUAUUGAGGAGAUGAUGGAUGUAAAACAGUUCAUAGACAAGCAUCUACCUCCCGUAGACUGAAAUGAUAUGUGAGAAGCCUUCUAUAUAAAUACACCAGCAUCAACUGUGGUAGAGUGUUAAUCUUUUCAUAUGCCUGAUAGGAAGCAUUACUUCUAUACCUGCAGUGUUACUACUGUGUUGCAAAUUUAUACUUAGGAUGAGGAUUAAAUAAUACACAUGCAUAAGAAAUGGUAAUCUUUUUAGUGUUAAUCAUCUAGUGGUGGGAAUAUGUGAAUGAGACAAGCUAGGUAACAAUGACAGACUGUAACCUAAGCACACUGUUUUAAGACAUCUGAUUUUUUUUUUUUUUUUGAUUACAGAAUUUCAAACUAUUUGUACAAGUAAUUAAAAAUAAAUUUAGGUGAGCAACAUAAAUGUGACUAGUUUAGUUAAGACAUGAUUUGUUCUUAAUACUCAUUGAAAAGAUAUUAAAACAUUUUUAUGUAAUGGAUACGUAAAGUACACAACAUAUAACAUAGUAGGCAUAUGACGAUAGAAUAAAUGCUACUAAGGACAAAGCUUUAAAUAUUAAAUGUUAAUUGUUACUCCAAAUGAGGAGCGUUGUUCUCCUAUAAUGGCUAGAAGUCAGCAAAGGUAUUUCUCAUAUUUAAACCACCUCAGUUUUUAAUCUUCUCAUAUGUGUAGAUAUUGUGAAAAUUAUAAAGGGACACGCUUCCCGUUAAACAGUCAUUUGUUGCUUAUUAUCUUUUUUUUUUUUUUUUUUUUUUCCUAAUUACUAAAAACUCACAUCAAAUGCUGACUUGGAACAGAAUUCUGAAGAGGUGCAUAGGAUUAAUUUGAGCUUCAUUUAAAAAUUCCUGCUUUUGUACUGAAUGUCCACCUUGUGCUUUAGUCUUUGUAGCUUUCAAUUGUGUAGCAAUGUUGAUAAAUUUCACAUGAGCAAUUCCAGCAUAUAGUUUUGAUUUUUCUGUCUGCUUUGGAGUAGCUAACCGAAAACAGGGCAACUGUGUAGUUCUGUGUAUUGUUGAUGUCUUAUCUGUAACACAGACAUUCACUAAUUUGAAUUCUUUUUUAAGAGCAAUAUAAGUACAAUUGGAAUCUAACUGAAACUUAAAUUGAUACCAUCUAAUACUUUAUUUUAUUGCAUGUUGAGACUUGAGUUUUUUCUGGAAAGAACAAAGGAUCUAAUUUUCAAAUGUAUCAUUCUACAUUUCCCUAGAUCAGUAUAGCCUAGGAAUAUGAAGACCUACUAUGGGAAAAAAACAAAUCUACAAGAUACAGAAUGUCUCCUCUUUCAGAAGCUUAUAAUUAUAGAAUGCACUGGGUUACAGAAAUUGAUGCACAUUCAAGAGCUUUUUGCAGUUAAGAGCCAUAAUUUACUUCUGGAAACAGCUGUUCUGUGGAGUUCAGAGGCUGUCACCACACUAGGAAUACUUUAAAAAACACACUACAGUUUUUAUUAUGUAAUGUGCUGUAUAGCAUUGUUCUAUACUGUAAUAUGUUUGCAAGCAAUUAAUAUUCCUAUUUUGGAUGCAUCUGUCAUGUCAGUACUGUGCUUCAUACAUUCAUUUAAGGUACUUUCUCCUCUCCCAGCUUGAUCAAGUGUUUCUCUUACAGUGUGUAUGGAUUUAUGUCUGAGACAUCUGCCAGUACAAAUGCAUAAAUGGGGGAUUACACCUUUAUAUCCCUUCUUUAACACAGCUGCUGCCAGAAAUCUGACUUGUUAACAUAGUGUGAGUUUUACUUUUAGGAAAGUGUUUUUCUUUUCUAAUCCAGUUCCUCAGGAUUAUUAAACAUUUCUUAAUAUGUAAAAUCGAAAAGGGAAUUUUUUCCUAAAUGGUAUUGAAACACUUUUAGAUAUUCCAUCUGUAUGGUUGAGAGGGUACGUCUAUUAAGUUUGAAGUUUAAUUAGUCUUUUCCCUCAGUCACUCUGUUCUAUAGAUCUGCCAGUUUGUCUUUCAGUUAAUUUAGUUCACAGAAGAAACCAUAAUAUUCUUACUGUAGUUGUGCCAAAGUUCUACUGAGAAAACAGUGUGUCCUAGCUCGGAGUCGUUCACAAAUUACAUUAGCUAAUUUUGCAUUCCUGCUGAAUUUCAAACUUGGUAAGGAAACUAUAGGUUAUUUCUCCUAGUUUUUAGAUUUAUCCUCAUUCCCCCAUUGUCUAAAUAAUUCCCUGAAUAUUGUAAUGUUUCCAAAGUUCUUGCACAAGCUUGUAAUUCUUCCUUUAUUAUUUUGUUCUGUUUGUACAUUGUUUGAGAAUGCUUUUCAGCUGUCUUGUUCAAUUUCUAAUUGACUGUGUGCUCAUUUUGCAUUUUCUUUCUUCUGUUAGAAUGAGUCUAAAAAAGUAUUUUUAAGAUGUUAAAAUGACAUCAGUCCUAGCGUUAUUCUGAUAGCUUCAUAACACUUUAUUCAGCUUGGUGAACUGUGCUAACAGCUCGUGGUCAGUUUCUAGUACUUACACUUUUUAAUACAAGUCAGCUUCAACUGUUGUCUCAAUGAUGCUCUCAGAUGUUUUUCUAGAAACUCUUUAUGUGCUAACUUUGUUUCAGUAUUCAGCUAUCAUAACAAGAUUUUUUUCAUGCCGGUGUUUUGCUGCUUGCUUUAUCUACAAAGAGCUGUGUAAAAUGUUGUGACUCCCUCUGAAUUUCUGUAUUCUAGGAAUAAUACCCCUCAAGUAUUUUUUUUGCAGGAGUGUACAUGUAUGUUGUAGGUCAGGGUUGUUAAAGAGCCCAGAAGCUAGAGGAAACUUCAAGGAUGUACCCUGUCUCCUCCCAUAUUACAGUAUGUACCUUGAGCUCCUGUCUUUUGUAACUUCCCAACUGGUUGGAUAGCUGUGUGUAUCAUCUUGUAGCUGAACUUCCUCACUAUCUAAAGUGAUAUGAUGCUGGGAUUGUUGUCAUAAUUGCAUGUAUUUUUAGGCUGAAUGACAGCUCAGUCUGGUGUGGGGAUUUUCAUAAUAUUCUACUAUAACGGAGAGGUUGGACUGUCAGUGUUCUAAAUGUGAAUGUCCUAUCCUCAUAAGCUGCAAUUUGAAACUGUCCAAUAAUGAAGUUUAUCUUUCGUCAUGUUAGACUUUCCCCAAAAGGGGAUGAUGUCUGUCAAACCUGUGAAAGCAUUGCUAUGAAAAUACCUUGCUUGCAGAUCUGUUUGUUUCAAGGAGUAUCUACCUCCCUAAUGUGUUUUUAAUUUCAUAAUGGCACUUAAAUUUGACUGCAGUUUUGUGCAGUCAGAAGUCUGACUUCUUGUUGGAAUACGUUGCCCACUUUUUAAUAAACACGUUGAAUUAUGAAUCACAAUCCAAAUAUUCCAGCCAUUUCUGAGGUAAACUGUACUAGUGUCUGUACGGUGGUAAGGGCUGUAUGAUUUGGUCUCUUCCUCCUGUCUUGUAUAAUUACAACACAGUAGACUGGUAAAAGUACUGUACACUGUAACUGGUAUUAGAAUUUUUAAUUAAAACAUGUUCUCUCUAA